AUGGACUCCUCAAUCACAACAGGCGCCUACAAAAUCGUCCAAGACGUUGGCAACUUCACCGAAACCGAAUCCACCCGACCAGACUUCAACCACCACUCCGACACGCCCAUCAAAGUCACAAAGUCGCCGUACCCAAACUGGCAAUACGGGCAGGGCGUCCCAGAUGACAACAAAAGCGCCCGAAACACCCACCACGAGAUCGACCCCUACGCUGCAACCAGGGAAACAGUCUCCAACUACCGCCUGCUCAUCUCAGCCAUUGCGCCGCGCCCAAUCGGGUUCGUGAGCACCGUCUCCGCACCAGAUGAGAAUGGGAGGACGGUCGAGAAUCUCGCGCCGUUCAGCUACUUCCAGCUCAUCGAGCACGACCCGCCGACCUUCGUGCUGGGCUUCUCUGGCCGCCCGGGCCGCGAGAAGGACACGUUCCGCAAUCUAAAGCAAACGGGGGAGUGUGUGAUUAACACGGUCUCGGAGGGAAUGAUCGAAGCCGUGAAUGCGACGUCUAUCGAUGCGCCGUACGGCGUGUCGGAAUGGGAGAUUUCGGGUCUUACGAAGGCGGCUAGUUCGACUGUUGCUCCGGCGCAGGUACGGGAGUCGGUGUUCUCUGUUGAGGGAAAGGUCGUGGAUGUCAAGGAGUUUGCGCCGCAUGUGCCGGGGAUGAGUGGUGCGGGUGUGGUGCUUAUCCAGGCGACGAGAUUCUGGGUCAAGGAGGGGGCUGCGAAUGAGGAGCUCAGUCAUAUUGAGCUGGAGGAGUUGAGGCCUGUGGCGCAAUUGGGGGGGAUUGCGUAUGGACGGAUUACGUCUGUGUUUGAGAGGCCGAGGACGAGGUGGGCGGAGGAGGUGGGGAAGAGUGAGCUUUUGCAGGAGUUGGAGAGGAGGCAGAAAGACCAAAAGUCAUAG